CGGGUUGCCCGAUGAACGGAGCAUAACCAUUUGUGCUUUCGCGAAUCCGGACACACGUGAGAAGUGGUUUUUUGGCCAAGAUGAUCAAUGAAAGUGUUCCGGUCUCAGGUCAGAGGCUCUCGUACGUUAAUAAAAUCAUCCUGGCACCGAUGGUAAGGAUAGGAACCCUGCCAAUGAGGCUUCUGGCAUUGCGAUACGGCGCGGACAUUGUUUAUACUGAGGAGCUAGUUGACUUCAAGAUUCUCAGAUCCAUGCGGAUGGUAAAUGAUGUCCUCAACACCGUGGAUUUCGUUGAUCCCAGCGAUGGAAGUGUAGUUUUCCGGACGAGUCCGCUGGAGAAGGAGCGCUUGGUGCUCCAAAUGGGCACGGCUUGUCCCAAAAGGGCACUCAGAGUGGCCAAGAUGAUUGAGAAAGACGUGGCGGCAAUUGACAUCAACAUGGGCUGCCCCAAGGAGUUCUCCAUCAAAGGUGGAAUGGGAGCUGCUCUUCUCAGUGAUCCAGAGAGGGCAAAGAGCAUCCUCAGAACACUCAUAGACAACGUCAGGGUGCCCGUGACGUGUAAAAUCCGCAUCUUCCCAAAGUUGGAAGACACUGUGAAGCUGGUAAAGGAGUUCGAGGCCUUAGGAAUUGCUGCAAUUGCCAUUCACGGACGUACGAGGGACGAGAGACCGCAGCAUCCUGUGCAUCCUGACGUGAUAAGAGCUGUGGCGAAGGAAAUAUCCAUUCCGGUGAUCGCCAAUGGUGGCUCCAGGGAGAUUUGUCGGCACAACGAUAUUCUGAAGUUCAGGGAAGAGUGCGGAGCUCAGAGUGUGAUGAUUGCGAGGGCUGCAGAGUGGAAUGUAUCAAUCUUCCGGAAGGAUUGCAUGCUGCCACUGGACGAAGUGAUCACUGAGUACCUGAAAUUGUGCGUGGACUUUGACAAUUCCGCUCACAAUACGAAAUACUGUGUCCAGAACAUGCUGAGGGAGCUGCAAGAGACUCCUCGAGGGAAAAUCUUCCUAGAGAGUCAAACCCUUGAGCAAAUUUGCCAAAUAUGGGACCUCGGGGAGUAUUGUCGGCGAAAGCAGUUGGAGUACCAGCAGAAGGGCAUGUUCAGUCGGAGAGAGGCCUCGACGAUAAUUCAAGAAGGGCCUGAGACGAAGAAAGUGAAGCUCGAUCCUGACAUUGCUGAGAGAAACGUGGCCUUCGUUCGGGGAAACUACAAGGAGACGAAUGACUUGCCUAAGAGCAUUCUUCAUCUCCAUGCCAACAGGAAUGGCCUUAACUUGCCCACUUAUGAAACCUCCAGGGAGGAGAAACUCUUCAGGAGCGUGAUAUCGUACCAGGGAAAGCGAUACACGAGCUCCUUUUGGGAGAAGAACAAGAAGUUCGCUGAACAAGGAGCGGCUCUGGUGUGUCUCCUCAAACUGGGACUGAUGGAUGAGAAGACACUGACGGAGAAUGGCAGCAUUCUAGAGUGAAAACUUCCUCUUUCUUAUGUAUAAGUAUGGCAAGACAAUAUUUAUUAAAUAAAAUAGAGUACACUACGCUUAUAAUUGUA